CGGACCGGAAGUCACCCCGUCCUGCCCUCCCUGACGCGCGGGGCCUGGCGGGAGGGGCGGGGCUGGGCGACCCGGUUGCUAUGGAGACGGCCCAAGAGGCCUAAGUAGGCCUCGGCCUCUUCUGUGGGCCAAGGCGGCGAUGGCGCUUGAAGCAGCCGGCGUCCUCCUGCUCUGCUUGGUCCUCUCGAGCCUGGGAUGCGCCGACGACGAUGGCUGGGACCCGUCCGGAUACCUGCUUUACUGCCCCUGCAUGGGGAGAUUUGGGAAUCAAGCAGAUCACUUCCUCGGAUCUUUGGCGUUCGCUAAGACGAUGAAUCGGACUUUAGCUGUGCCUCCGUGGAUUGAGUACCGGCAUCACAGACCGCCCUACACAAACCUACAUGUUCCUUACCAAGAAUAUUUCAAGCUGGCCCCCCUGCUAGAAUACCACCGAGUCAUUAGCUUGGAGGAGUUUAUGGAAAAGCUGGCCCCCACCCACUGGCCGCCGGGCAAGAGGGUGGCCUAUUGCUUCGAAGCGGCUGCUCAGAGAAGCCCUGACAAAAAGACCUGCCCUAUGAAGGACGGGAAUCCCUUUGGACCUUUCUGGGAUCAAUUUGCGGUGGAGUUCGAUAUGUCGGAGAUAUUCGGCAGCCUCUCCUUCAGCGCCUUUUACAAGGACAAGUGGAACCAAAGGUUUCCACCCUCUGAACAUCCCGUUCUCGCCCUCCCGGGUGCCCCAGCACAAUUUCCUGUCCUGGAAGAGAACCGGCCCCUGCAGCGUUACGUGGUUUGGUCCGAUGAGAUGGUGGAGAAAGGAGAGUUCUAUAUUAAGUCUCUCCUGAUCAGGCCCUACGUGGGAAUUCAUUUGCGUGUGGGUUCAGACUGGAAAAACGCCUGCAAUUUGCUGAAGGAGGGCACUGCCGGGUCGCAUUUAAUGGCGUCGCCACAAUGUGUGGGCUACAAUCGCAACAGUGCCGCCCCCCUGACCAUGGAGAUGUGUUUGCCGGAUCUGAAGGAGAUCAAGCGUGCCCUGGAACUCUGGGUGGAGAAGGUGGAGGCCCAAGCCGUGUUCGUGGCCACCGACUCGGAGCCCUACACCAAAGAGAUACAGCAGCUUUUCAAAGAAAAGGUGAAAGUGGUCCAUUUGCAACCGGAAGUGGCCCAGAUAGAUCUGUAUAUCCUCGGCCAGUCCGACCAUUUUAUUGGCAACUGCGUCUCUUCCUUCACCGCCUUCGUGAAGCGGGAGAGGGACGUGCACCGGAGGCCGUCUUCCUUUUUUGGCAUGGACUACCCACCUGAGCUGCGGGAUGAAUUAUAACCCACGGAGGAAGAUGGGCUUCGGGGUCCCGGGACGCACAACUCGGCUUCGCACAAAGCCCCAUCGGAAGCAAGGCUGCAGCUGGUCAGUUCUGCAGAGCUGUUUUUAUUUUUUUCAAUAGUCUGAGCUGGGAGAACAGAGUGACUUUGUUUCCCUGCUGUGAUUGAAUCAAGGAAUUCUUGGAAUACAUCUGACUUUUCUCCUUCCCUUUUCGCAGCCUUCUUACCUCAGAAUGAAUGAAUGAACUGGUGCUCCUUUAGUGCAGGGGUCUCCAACCUUGGCAACUUUAAGCCUGGCGGAUUUCAACUCCCAGAAUUCCCCAGCCAGCAAAGCUGGCUGGGGAAUUCUGGGAGUUGAAAUCCGCCAGGCUUAAAGUUGCCAAGGUUGGAGACCCCUGGUUUAGUGCACAAGUAUUUUAUGCCGGCACAAUCAAUAAAUCACAAAAAAAUAUACUGGAGCUCAGCGGCGGCAAACAGAAGAUGAUUUAAUUCACCAAGUAGUUGAUUAACAAUCAAUUGGCAGGUUUUCGUUCUGUCUUUUUCCAGAACGGAUUUAAUCAGCAUCUCUAAUGCUUGAACUACGAAGACUAAAUCUGAAUUUGCCAGGAUCUGUAAUGUGAUUUCGUAUCUUCAGAACUAAUUAGCAUUGAAGCCUCUUGACGACGAGCGGGCUGCCAAGUACAUAUAUAUAUAUUUUUAAAAAAACAUGGAUUGGAAUAAAAGUGAGAUAUUUUUGAAAGGGUUUUGUAUUUUUACAGAAAUCACAGUCUAAAAGCUGAAAUAAAGUAGUCUUUUCUAAAAUAAAA